CUGUUAAAAUUGCAUUUCACUGCAGCGAUUAUUUGCUUUUUGUCAGGUUGUUGGAAAAUCAGUGUUUUUUGCAGAAAAAAUUAAGUAAAAUUUAAAAAGUUCCUUAGAAAAAUAACUAUUAAUCACGAUGGAGGCUGUGCCGCGGCUUCAUAUGCUGUGGUUUGUGUUAAAAUCCAGCCCAACAGGCACCUCCUUUGCCAAUCUGAAAAAGUAUAUAGCGGAAUUCUAUCAGGAGGAUCCUGAAGCAUAUUCUAAAGAAGUUUUCGCACUAGAAACACUUCGAAACCAGGCUUUACACCCCGGAAAAGAUAAAUGCGCUAUUCUAAAACGAUACUAUUGCCAAUUACAUUCGCUGCAAAAUCGAUUCCCUCAAUUGGCAGAGCGAAGCAUAUUCACCUUUACUUGGAAAGACCUAUAUCUUAGCAAUGUUAACGAGUAUACUGAUUUGCGGUAUGAAUUAGCCGCUGUGCUAUUCAAUAUUGCUGCUUCUCACACACAAAUGGGUGCGUCUGUUACUCGUGGCGAUGUGGACGGUAUGAAAUUGGCCUGCACGCAUUUUCAAUGUGCUGCUUGGGCCUUCGGUGAGUUAAGAGAGCGUUUUACUAAUUUUAACGGCGGAGGUGAUUUUAUGACCACGGAACUGCUAGUGUUCAUGCAACAGGUUUCAUUCGCCCAAGCUCAGGAGUGCAUUUUGGAAAAAUCACUUAUAGAUAAUCGUAAACCAAACAUUGUAGCUAAGGUCACUGCACAAAUUGUAGUGUACUAUGGCGCAGCUUUGGCUGCUCUUCUUACAGGUGGUGAUGAUGGACCUAUAGCACAGGUGGUCGAUAGUUCGGUGUUCAAGCUUUGGAAAAAAUAUGUACGAUUCAAAAUAUCGUACCUGACCUGUAUUUUAUAUUUGUAUCAGGGACAGCAUGCAGAGGAACAGGCGAAAAUGGGAGAAAGAGUAACCUUAUAUCAGGCCGCUUGGGAAAAGCUGGAAGAAGCUAGAAAGGAAUCAAAAGGUUUACCUGACCAGAAAGAAAUCAAUGAGUCUCUUAUUUUUACCGCUGAUGUUGUAGAAGGAAAACGCAAAAAUGCUAAAAACGAAAACGAAUUUAUUUAUCACGAGGCCGUGCCCGAGUUGACCUCAAUAACUGCAGUUCAAGGAGCAAAUCUGGUAAAUGGCACAAGCUUCAGUAUCACAGAUCCCGACGUAGCCGGAGAAGAUAUAUUUGCUCGCCUAGUACCUAUGAAGGCUCACGAAGCCAGUUCGUUAUAUAGCGAAGAAAAAGCCAAACUUUUGCGCAAAUACGGUUCAAACAUAGAGGAGAAAGAUGCAGAAUUAGCUAGUUUUAUGAGUUCUCUUACGCUCGAUAAUCUAAAUAUUAACGAAGAGAAAGCUAAUAAAAUUCCACAAGGUAUUGUUGACCGUUGCGCAGAACUGAACGCCAACAAAACAGCUAUACAAGAUCUAAUAGCGGCCAUGUCACAAUUAGCAGAAAUAUGCGCAGAUGUCGAAACAAACCUCAAGGAAAUUUCCACAAUACUCGCUGAAGAAGAACGUCAAGAAAAUGAUUUUCAGAAGAUUACAGGAGUCCAACGUACACCUAAUCCACAUAUUACCGAACUAACACGAGAAUUUCAAAAAUACACAGAAGCUCAUGCACGCGCUGGCGAAUCAAAUGACACGCUACGGAAGGCAAUGGAGUUACACGUGAAUAAUCUAAAAAUUUUAUCGCGUCCGUUACAAGAUAUACAACAAUCUGUGCCGAAAUUAAGCGCAGAGCUAAAUACAACAGAGCUUUUCAAAGAUGUAAAAUUAAUUUUAAACAAAGCAAACGAAAUGAAAGCCCAACGCGCUCAGUUUCAUGCAGAUUUGCGUAUUGCAGUAAAUGAUGACGACAUUACAGCUAAGGUGAUUGCGCAUGACAGUGACGAGGGUCUCCAGUUGCUCUUUGAACGAGAGUUGGCCAAACACGAGCGUCUCACGCAACUACUAGAUCAAAAUAUGCUCGCACAAAAGAAUAUUUUGCAAGCACUUACAGAAGCAUAUGCUAAAGCGGCACCUGUGCUAAAGACACUGGCCGAUGUUAAACACAAACGAGAGGCUUUCUUCUCCUCUUUAGCUGCUUCUUACGAUGUGUAUGAGGAUUUGUUGGCAAAAUCUGCCAAAGGAUUGGAAUUUUAUAAAAAAUUAUCAAGCAACGUUCAAAAAUUGUUGACUCGAUUGAAAGCAGCACGUGAUGUGCAAUUUGAAGAACGACAACAGCGACUGAAAAAUCAAACGAAUGUCACGCCUACCAUACCUAUUAACACUGCUAAACCACUUUCAUCAAAUAUUGUGCCGAAUUCAACUACAUCAACAUCAAGCACACCCAAAUUGCGUGAUUAUCUCAAAUCGAAAAACCCAACCGCUGGGAGUAUAGUUGCAGCAGGCGCGUUCGAUUCUGCAGCAAAGAACUCUGUUUCGCAAAACGCCCAAUACAUUCCGCCAGUACGCCCAAAUCCACUGGGCUCAGAAAAUCCUACACAAGCUGCUUGUUCUUCAGGCAGUUUCUACACUGCACAUGCAAUUAACUCUAGUGGAGCCGUGCACGUGGUAGCACCCAACGAACCACCUCCACCAUACAGCUUACAGCAGCAACAGUAUUAUGAUCCUCACACCGCAGGCUAUACCAAUCCAAUGUAUCAACAGCAGCAGCAAAAUAUUGCGCCCCCCGCGUAUAAAUUGCAAGCAUCACCAAAUUCACAAUUUGCCCAUUUGAACUCAAGCAUUCCAAAUUUAACAGGUGGUUACAAUAACCACACAACUUUAGGACAAAAUGACGAGUUCGCACAGCAACAACGUCUUCAGCAACAACAGCAAUUAAUGAUGCAGCAAACAGUGCCCAAUAAUCCGGCAUAUGGACAGCAGCCGACUUCUGUAGCUGCUGAAAGUUAUGCAGCUAAUCAAAGCAAUUUUAUGCAGCAUCAACAAGCAGCUUCGACUGUGCCUACCAAUACGCGCUAUCAAUUAAAUACCAAUAAUAUACAGGCAUAUAAUCUUGGAUCACAGCCGCCGACACAGGGUUGCUUGCCGACCCAAUCAAUUAGCGGCACAGCAACGGAUGCCAGAGCUGCACCAAUUGGUUCGCAAACUGCAAGCCAAAUGCAUACUGUACAGCAGCCCUAUUCGCAAGCAUCUGCAUAUAACGUGGGCACACCAACUUCACGACCUUUAUAUGUUGCAACUUCUGAUAUUGCUCAAGCACCCGCGAGCGCGUCACCACUUUCUGUGCAAGCCACAUAUGGGCUGACUUCCUGGCAACAGUCACCGUACUCUAGCGGAGCAAGCAACGUAGGGGGUACAUCUCAAUAUCAACAAAAUAAUGCUUUCCAGCAGCAGUUGCCGCAAUCACAGCCUAAUUAUCCACCUGCUAGUUGUGGAAUUAAUGCAGUUAGCAGCGAAGCAUAUCCUGCCUCGUCUGUGGCUCAGCAAGGUGUUCAGAUUACAGCAAGCACUUUGUCAAACGUUACAACACCAAACUUGUAUCCGUAUUCAACAAUUACCAAACAUCCUGGUUACAGCUUCAAUCCACAAACUGGUCAAUAUGAAUAUGGCAGCGGAUAUCAACAUCGUAGUGAUAAGUUCUAUAGCCAAUACACAUCUUCAAGCACACCAAAAUUGGCAACUGUUGGUACGACUGAUUCUGAAAACGCUAGUAAGAUAAAUGUGGCUACUGGUUUUGAAUCACCUGUUGUAUCCCACACCAAGUCAAAUGUGGCUUCUGUUGGGCAAACAUCCAACACGAUUUCAUCUAACACGGACAAAUCAUCUAAUUUAAGCUAUUACUCAGCCCCAUAUGGUUAUCAAUCACAAGGUAUAGCAUCGCCUUAUGCAAUACAACUGCAGCAACACCACCAACAGCUGCUUCAGCAAUCACUGGCUUCAGCGCAGCAGCAGCAAGUUCAGCAAAAACCUCAACAAACAAAUUAUCAACAACAACAGUCUACAUAUAUGCAAAGCGGAGGAGCUUCCAUAGCACCGACACAAACUACGAAAAGCGCUUCUGAGUACUCUUUUGGUACGAAACAAAACGAAAAAACGUCAAACUCUGAUAGUCCAGCACCAACUGAUAUGAAACCUGGGUCUACUGUUGCGCAGUCACACGACUUCAAUAAACCGACACCAAAACCAAUUAAAAAAACAACUAAUAUUGAUUUGUUGACCGAUAUUGAUUUCUCGAACGGUGGGCUAAGUGUUCCACCGCCAAUAUUGCCACAGCCAAUUUUGAAGCCAGAAAUAGUGGCAAGCCCACCGAGUAGCCAAGUUGCAGUUAAAGCUAACCUCAAAUCAACACCAAAAGAAACUUCACCGGAGAAGAACUUGAGUUCUACUUUAGCGGCCUCAUUAACGCCAACAGCAAAUUUAGAAGCACCGACGCUGUUAGCUGCUCCGCUUUCACCACCGCUAGCAUCUAUAAAAGUUGCGGUCUCGCCUAUCAACUCACCUGCAACCCGAAAACCUAGUUUGGAUAAUCUUUCAACUUGUUCAGAUUUGAGCUCACUAGAUACGAACUUUGAUUGGGAUUCGGUUUCUGUGCGUAACGAUCAGCCAGCAGAUAAACAUUCCAAUGUGUCACCAAAUGCUGCUUUUCAACUAAAACCUUUUGACCCUUUCAACGACGACAAAAUAUUAAAAUAUUUCCAUAAAGAAGUGGAACGUUACGAAAAGAUAAUCGAAAGUUUAAAUGUCAAAAUGCUGAAUGGAAAUACGCAACUGUCGGCCAAAUGGAAGGAAUUACAUGACUUGCUUUCAAAGGAUGCCAGCAAACGGACAACUACCAUAGCUAAAUUAUUCCCAGAGAAAAAUCGUUCACUGGAUUGUAUUCCUUACGAUCAUGCGCGUGUAAAAUUGGAAAAGGACACUGAUGACUAUAUAAAUGCCGCGUACAUUAAGAAUCUCGGCACAGGAUGUCCAAAUCUAAUAAUAGCACAAACUCCUCAGCAAAACACUAUCAAUGAUUUUUGGUCUAUGAUUUGGUCACAAAAGGCGCGCACAGUUGCUUGUUUGCAUACACCAAAUGAAAUGUUGGAUCCAUACUGGCCACAGGAACGCGAUUUAGAAAAUCAUUAUGAUGAUUUCACUGUGAAGUGUGUUAAAAUUAAUUCGCUUUCCCAUUGUGUGGAAUACAAUCUUAAGCUAUCCAUGCAUGGCGCUGAUGCGAUUGUCGAUUUGUCGGUGUUGCAAAUUAAGGCUUGGACAAAAAGCUUACCUUCGCAAAUUAUCGGUAUUGCACGCAACGCUUUGCAAGCACACCAACAACGUUGCCUAGAGUUUAAUACGCCAAGCGCACCACUAAUAAUGAAUUGUUUGAAUGGAUCUGAACGUUCAGAACUUGUUGCAAUAGCUAUUUGCGCUAUUUUAGCUUUACAAACGACUCGUCCAGUACUAAUUAAUGUGGUUGACAUUUGGUAUCGCAUUUGUUUGCAACGGCAACAUGCUCUGCGCGAUAUGGAGACUUUGGAGCAGUCGAUGCAAAUUGUUCUAAAUCAUGCACAUGAUGUGCUCAAUAAACGUGGCAUCAUGACUUCUUAUCAAAUGAAAAUCGCGCCCCAAAUUGCUUCCAAGGAAAAGGAAGAAAUAAAGGAUCCGCUAAACGAGCUCGAUCCGUUGUGGAAAAUGAAGUGAAUAUAAUAAUAAAUAAAUA